AGUUUGUGUUGUAACUUGUAAGGUUAUGUUAUGAAUCAAAUUAUUGUUACAAGGAAAAGUUACAAUAUUGACCUUAAAAAAUUAACUAACUUAUUAUCUAAUUACCAUCAAUAUGCCACCCCAAGAAUUUAAUUCGCCAGAUUUGGAUGAGAAGAGUAUUGAAAACAUUGUGAAAUUCGUAUCUGAUAUACGGACAGGCAAGCUGCAAGGAUCCAAUAAGAUUGCUGUAGCCACAGUUUCUCUUCUAGAGCAGAUCAUCACAGACUCAUCAAGUACUAGUGCAUUAUCUCUUGUAAAUGCGGUACGGGGUACUGGGCGUCGCAUAACAAAGGCAUUACCGCAGGAGCUUAUUGCUGCAAAUAUGGUGCGUCGCGUAUUGCGAGCGAUACGAGAUGAGCAGAGAGCCUUGGCCAAUCAGAGUAGCGAAUACUCCGGUGAUUCUCUACAGCGUUUAGUACUGGCAGCACCAAGUCGAAGGGCGACUUUACCUUCUAAUCACGACCUGAGGGAGCCUAUACGAGAUCAUAUAGCAGAGCUUCUAGGAGAAUUGGAAGCGAGUACAUCCUCAAUAUGUGGACAAGCAAAGGAACACAUACAUGCAGAAGAGGUGAUAUUGACAUAUGGAGCAAGCAGUUUAGUUGAAAAGUUUCUUAAAUCAUCAGGAACGAAUAAAAUGAAGAUAUUGCUGGUUGAGGGACCAAAGCAUUCUGAGAGUGCCGCAAUGGCAGUCAGGUUAAGUACACAAGGUGUUAAUGUGACACUUGUCAAUGGUGCCGCUGUAGGUGCCCUAAUGCCAAGAGUGAAUAAGGUUGUCAUUGGUGUCCGUAGUACCCUAGCUGGGGGAGCUGUUUUGGGUGAUGGUGGACUUCUAGCUGUGACCACAGCUGCUAGACAUUACAGUGUUCCUGUCAUAGCAUUGUCACCUCUAUACAAACUGUCACCUCUGCACUCGUGUGACCACACGCACUUCAACGCCCUCUCGCCUCCGUACACCGCGCUUCCGUAUAUGAGUGGCGAAAGUGCCGUGGCUCAAGUAUUCGCGCCCAUGUGCGAUUUCGUCCCGCCAGACCACGUCAAUCUAUUUAUCACCAACUUAGGCGGAAGUUCGCCAUCGUACAUCUACCGUCUGCUCUCGGAAUUGUAUGACCCCAAUGAUUAUCAAAUAUUGGAUAGCGAGGCAUCGCCCGCAGCUUCGGCGCAGAUCGAUAAAUUUGGUACCUAUGGCGCAAGCAGAAUGAGUCAAGGGGGUUCUCGUCGGCCCUACUCACGCGGUGGCCCGCGUUGGCACCCUCGUUACAAGGACUAUUGGGACUACGAGCAGAGUUAUAGCGAUGCAAGCAGUGCGGGUAGUCCUAAAGAGGCGUGCGUGGCCAACUCCCCACCGCCACACCAGCAUCCGGCUCCAGCCAAGAGGCAGCAGCACCAUCCGCACCCACAUCACGAUCAGAGGCGACUUAGCGUUGAGGUGCGCGUGAGUCCCGGCGCAGCUGGAACGUCAGCCGAGUCACCACACAUACACCAUCCGACUCACCAUCAUCAUAAUAUGGACACGAACCCCCUGGAAGGCCCCGUAGAGUCUAUGGUCAGUGGAGCAGGAUCAUCUGAUGGAGAAUUGUCUAGUAAAGCAGGAGACAGUCCCAGUAGGAAACGAAGGCGGAUAUGCAGACAUAUAUCAUCAGGUGAAAGUAACGUGUCAGUGCCAACGCCGACCGUCGAAAGACGGACGCCUAGACAUCAUUAUCAACCCAGACGUCGCGUACGCUACAUGAGCGGCGGCAAUGGCGGUGUGUGUACACACCAACGACUUAUGGAGCAUACGCCCCACCCCCCGCACCCGCCUCACCCCGCGCAUCUGCCGCACCCUGGCCCGUUGCUACUGGAUAUUAACCAGAUGUCACUUCGUGGCGCGCGGUUAAACGCGCUCGGAGGGGGCGUGGCGUGGCCUCACCACGCUCACCCACACCCACAUCCACAUCCACACCCGCACCCGCAUGCGCAUGCGCAUCCACACGCGCACGCACACAGGGACCACCCGCAGCGGACUCAGAUGGGCGGUAUGUACGCGGGCCUUCAGUACCAUGGGACAUUCCCCCCGCCGCCGCCCCGCGGGCCUUUUGCCUCACCUCCGCACCCGCAUACCCACUAUAUCGCCAAUUCACAACGCGCGGAAGGUGGACGUCUAGAUAUGUUGGGUGGAGGAGAAGGCACACUGUCGCCUCUCCAAGCCACGCCUGAUCUUCAUCACGCUCCACUCUUGUUGGCAACAGAGGCUCAACGAGCUCCAAUAGAGCUGAUGGCGUCACACGCGAGGCAUGCGCUAUCUCAUCACCACCAUCAUCGUCGCAACGGCGUAGGGCCGCAUGCGCACGCGCACGGCGGAGUGGGUGUAGUAGGGGCGGGCUCUCGUGGACGUCCGUACGUUCGCACCGCGCCGAGGUGGACGCCGCACCCGCAUACCGUGCAUCACAUACACGCACAGGGCGGAGGCGGUCUUGUAAACGCAUUACCUCAGUUACACGUCGCAUCGCCGCUGUCAUUACCGCCACCACCGCCUACCUACCAGGUGUUCCUGAAUCUCCUUGCGAUGUUCCCCCUCUCUCCUUACGGGGAAGCGCGGGGGGAGGACGGCGCAGACUCACCCGAGACCGAGAACUACGAGGCUCUGCUCUCCCUCGCCGAAAGGCUGGGCGAAGCGAAGCCGAGAGGACUGGCGAGGCACGAAAUCGAUCUGCUGCCGAGUUAUAAGUACUGCGAGCAGACGCACCAAGGCGAACAAACCUCGUGCGUGGUCUGCAUGUGCGAGUUUGAAGCUCGUCAGACGCUACGUGUGUUGCCUUGUGCGCACGAGUUCCACGCGAAGUGCGUCGAUAAAUGGCUACGGUCGAACCGCACCUGUCCCAUAUGCCGCGGCAACGCGUCAGAAUACUUCAACAACUCCGAGUGACUCUAACCAAAGUCGCCCAGCGCGACUGAACCACCAAAUAACGAACGGUUAUACUUUUUCAUAUCAGUGGAUUCCUAUAUUUAACGGAUGUAUUUGUUUGAUAGUGCAGUAAACGUACCGGUAUUUUGUAUACAUAGAUGAAACGUUAUGCCGGGUGUUUUAAGACUGUUAUCGGUAAUAUAUCGAUACCGAAAACGGUAUAUAUGGAUAUUUAAUUUUCUUUUAAGAGCAAAAUAGGCCAGUGCUAAACUCUUUGUAUGUCAAAACAGACAAAAACUUAACUUUUUAAUUAGGAACUGCCAGUGGUUUAAAGCAAAUUCUACAAAUUGAAAGUAUUUUCAUUCGGAGCGGUCUUAAGACACUCGGUAUAUUUAACCGGUAUUCCAUAGAUAUACCGGUUAAAUAUACCGGAAUACCGGUUUAUUGUAUAAAUUGUCGUUUGAAAAACCGGAUAUAUCAGAUUCACAUAAGGCGUUUUUAAAUGUCUAAAACGUGUGUGGGAAUGUGAAAUGUCAUUUAUUAUAAUAAUAACGUCAUACGAAACAAUGAUUUUUAACCGUAAAACCAUUACUAACCGGUAUAACAAUUUUAACUUUAAUCCUCGCUAGAUGUCUAUUAGUUAUUUAAAUUGUUUUGAAAUUUAACAAAAUCUGAAGAAAAAAAUCAUUUUGUAUUUCACGGUUUUUUCUCGACAAAACAGUUUUGAACUUAAUCGUUUUAAUUUCAACUGAAACAGCAAUAUACAGUACACUUGAACGUUUUUAUCGAAACCGGUAAAAAUACCGACGUUUUUGAAAUGACAACGGCUUAUUGACGCUCGAUUUUUAACAUUAUACAAAAUACUCCAAAAAUGUACAAUACCGAAUUGUUUUAUGAUUAGGAAAAAUCUUAUAAAGACUCUCAUUAACUCCAUUACUUUAAAUAAUACGUAUUUUCUGGCGUAAUAGAAUGGUCGUUAAGGUACGCGACGAAGACGUUAACAAAUCGUAUGAACGAGACAACAGCCAAAAUGAAGUAAUUUCGACGUUUAACGGAGUUUAACACGAAUUUUUAUACGGUUUUAACUGCGUGUUCAACCCGGCUUUAUAUAAAUACGCAAUUUUGACAAAUAUUGUGAGGAAACUUGCACGUUGGAGAUACAAAACCUGAUCUUCUACCUGCGUAUAAAGACGAACGAUUAAUGGAUACUUAAAGAGAUCUGAGGAUUGACAGUUGAUCGUUGUGGUUUUGUCAAAGUCAGAUUAGUGUCAAUGGUUCAAGGAACGUUGACUUCUGGCACACGAAUUUAGUGAUUACACUCUUUGAUUAGUUAAGUUUUAAAUUUUGUUUGACAGAUGGUUUUUUUUGUAUAUCUUUCGUUUGUUUAAUUUCAUACUGUUGCCAUGGUUACUGUUAUUUUCGUUGGAAAGUUACCGUGCGGUAGGGUUUUGGUGUAACACGGCUUCUGUGUGGUUUUAGCGAUAGUGUAAAUAAGUAAGUUGCUGUUUUGUGGGUAGAAUAUCUUUUAUUUGGCGUUGUCGCUAAUCAAUAUCUUUCGGAAUUCUUAUGUAUUGAAGAGUUUAUGGCGUUUUGUUAAGAUGCAUUUUACAGAGCGAAAAUUAAUAUCUUCUUGAUUGAUUAAAAGGUCAGUAUUAGGUAUCAGUUUUGUGUUGUGUUGAGAGAAAUGACAAGAAAUAAUUUUUUUGCAGCUCUUACCCAAAACACUUCGAUAUAAUCUAAUAAUUCGUAUUCUAAAUGUAUUUCGCGAGCAAUAACUAGCUUUAAGAUUCGAACUGACAAGAAAUUCUUAAAUUUUUUAUAGUAACGUAAAGUUGUUGAAAAAUGUCUACUUCUAAAUGAGCUAAGUCACUCGAUGUGUCAAUUGUCACGUUGACAAUAGACUAGCGAAUGGAAUUUGGGUUACGGCAAGUCAGUUGUGAUGUGUCAAUUCUGUCGCACCUGAAUAAACGUAGGUCUGUUAACUGUCAUCUGUCAAAUUAUUGAGUUGACACUGUAGAGUUUAUUUUCGUUAUAUUUGAUGUUUAAAGAUCUAACAGACACGUACUAUGAGUUCGUAGACAUAUGGAAUGGUUUGAGUGAUUCAUACAAUACUUUAAAAAGAUCGUUCCUUAUCUAGUUAGUAACAGGUUUGGAUAUACAGAUCGCUCGAACUAUUCCCUUUUUCUAUGGAAAUCCCUUACUCAUAAGAAGAGUUAUAGUUCUCCAGUCUUCGUACACGAUAACUUUUAUUACAAACAUUGCGUUAGUAAGACAUUUCUAAACAAACGACGACAGACAUCUACGAUGUUUAACAAAUACGCUGACACGACAAACGAUAGAUACAGAUGUUUUAGUUUUAUGAGGGUAGAAAACACAGGCCUGCAAUGUACCCACUAAAAUUUUUAAAAUUUUUAAGUGGUCGUUUAUAUCAAUACUAUAGAAAAUGUGUAUUAUUUAUAUUGGAUAUAGUUUAAAAUACAAUAAAUAUUGAACAUUUUAGUUGUUGAGCGCUUUUAGACAAUCGGAUUGUUCUUUACUUUACCGUCUUGUGCAAUAUUAGUCUGUGCAAUUGAAGUUUUAGAUAUCAGUUGACCAAGUGACCGCCAUAUAUGAGUUUAAGGAAUAUUUUUUGUUAAGUUUACUGUACCUUCGUUAUUUUGAUUCAGUUACACCACCGCUGAAGGUCCGAGGUUAUUAUACAGGAUGGGUUUUUAAUUCCACGUCCAAGUCGAAGUAGGGCAGGUAUUUUAAAAAUUAAUAAAUAUUGUGUUGCUGUUUUUAAUACGAUUGUCUGAACAAUCUCCCGAUUUGACGUUUUUUAUGGUAUUUUAUCAUAAUUCGGGUGAAUUUGAGUAUACGGAAGUCACAUCUGUCCGACACUUCUGGAGUUGUUCUAAUAAUUGACGGCUUUUAAGUGAUGGAAGGUUCUAAGGGAGGUUUUACUUGUGAACUUUGUUUGAACGUGAACUUAGUUUGGCUCCCAUAUGUCGAAAACGUAUCGGAUUUUGAAGUCUGGAAUGUUACCCUUGGAUUAAAAAUUUACGGCAUAUGAGCACUAACAGCCAAUUAACAGACGUAAAUUUCUGUUAAAUGUACGGCCCGUAAGUAUUACGAAUUGUUUUUUCAACAUCGUGACACAAAUUCGUACGUCACUCUACUUAACGGUUUAUCUGUAACAUAGGUUUAAAUUAGUUAAUUUGUUAUCGUAGUAAAUUAUAGUUUUUUUUUUUCAAUAAGAUCCCAAAUUGUUUAUUGAUUUGUUGUACAAUUUAGCCCCAAGCGCAGACUUGUAUUACGCGUUCACACCGCACACUGAUGUAAGCCGAUAUAUGAAAAUCCAAAGGAUAAAGCUCUCGAUUUAGUUGUUAUUAGAACAGCCCGAGAUAGAAUUUCAGAACUACAUUAGCGGAGUCCAGAUCUAGCGAUGAAAGCGAAAAGUAUGUGAGAGCCUCAUUCAGUGGGUGUGGUUGGAUUUGGUUAAGGUUUAAAGUUACGCGCGGCUCAAGCCUGUAUGUAUCAAGUGUGUUAGAUUGGCAGUUUGUGGCUGUAAUGUGAAUGCCAUGAUGUAUAAAACCCUAAAAAUAUGUAUUAAGAGUGAUAGGUUAAUGGAUUUCGCCUAUAUUUAACGUUCAAAUUCGUCUUCCUAACAUUGUUUUGGCCGUGUUUGGAAUGCGGCUGUAUUCACACGUUUUUUUUAGUUUAAAUGUAUUCCUUAGUUUAAGUUUUUUAUGUGCCUUCUUGCGAACAAUUAUUAUUUUGUAUUUUUUCUCUUGUUUAACAUGGUUUACGGUAAAUUGUCUAUAUCGGCUUUAACUUGACGUUUUGAGUUGGAAUAAAACUGUCGUUUAUAGAUAAGUUAUUGUUCACCUUAUGAUUAUUGUGUUAGAUUAUUUUUAUUUCUUAACGCUGUUCAGCUAGUUAUUAAUCUGUGAUUCAGCUACUCUGUGGCAUCUGUCAAAGUUGUCGUUUUAACAGCUGUCACUCGCCAGCCAAUUACCAAAGCAUGUAAUGUACAGUACGCUCAAACGGAGUUGAUACUUUGACUCUGGAUGCGCGGCGUCCGCCUCAUUAUGCUCAGUCGUUUUUAUUUUAUUAAAUGCACUGCUACUUUCA